GAAAUUGUCAAAGAUGUUUCAAGUGUGUUGUAACAUGCAAGUCCAAGUGUUUGAGCGUUGUUUUUAGGGAAACAGGUGGUGUCCAGGCUGCCUCUCGUGGCCUAUACCACUGUUCUUAUUCUAUUUUAUAUUUCACUUGAAAUAUUUCCAUCCUGUUUCCCUUCCCAGCCUCCCACUUCAGCGUUCAACUUUGCCCACUUUGCCAGUUGCCACUUUUGUAUUCUGUGUUUUUAUUGUUAGUUGUGCGGUUGUCUGCUGGAGGUACGUCACUUGUUUGUUUAGUCAGUUAGUCGAAGAUAAUACAGAGUUUGGUCGGUGACGAAUUUGGUUGGUGGGAAUGCGGUUUGUGGUUGCAUUGACUCAGAAUGCUCGUGUUUUUACCAGUUCCAAGUACCAAGUGCCAAAAUUUACAAAUCACUGAGAACCACCAACUCCAAGACACUUAGUAGAGACCAUGUCUCAGAAGGUUUUUCUGUGGUGAGGAAAGAGGGAGAUGAGCUUGUGUGAUCCGUAUCAAGAGCUAGAGCUCUAUUUGGAACGUGCUAAAAACGAAAUAACUCAAGUUUUUGAAAAUGGUAGUGUUGAGUCUGCAGCACUCCCUGAGGAGGAUAUUGUCAAAAACGAGAAUAAAACAGACUACGAAUUGGACCCAUUUUUGUUCCAAAUUAACGCGACCAUAAAGUCGGAUUUGUCCGAAUUACUGUCAAGGUAUUCAGAAAAACAAAUUAGAAAUGAGGUCAGUUAUACCAGUGUCAAUAAUAAAGUCAACAGUAACUCCGAUUACCUCAAUUCAAAUAGCGAAAAUGUAUCAAUUGUAAAUAAAGACAGUGAUUUAUUUAGCCACAAAACUCAAGAUUCGAUACUAGGUUCCAUUGUCAUUGACAAUAAUCGUACAAAUGUAGCUACCCAAACAUCUCCUUCUUUAUCUCCAACGUCUACGAAUUUAACAUGGGCAUCGGAGUGUUCAUCAUCCCCUUGCUUGACUUGCAUGUCCGACAACGAUUUAAUCGAUGAGGAUUCCCAAUCAGCCUCGUCCGCCGAUGGUAAGGCCCAAUUAUCGACUUGGAGUUACAAGCCAAACUGGCAACAAAUCCUAAGUACUAAGUCUUCUUCGGCACCUGUUUUGAAGAAGGUGCCCAUCAAGGUGAGCAAACAAUCCCGAUCACAGUCGGACCGACACCUGGCUGAAAUUGAGGCCGCGGAAGCGUGCAAAUGGCUACGAGCGACGGGAUUCCCCCAAUAUGCCCAAAUGUACGAAGAUCUCCAGUUUCCCAUCGAUCUUUCAACCGUCGCGCAAGAUCAUCCUCUUUUAGAACCCGACGUGUUGCAUUCACUCUUUCGACGAUUGCAAAUCCUCAACAGUUGUGUCCAUUUGCACCAACAGAGGAUCACGCACAACACCGACGAAUCCGAAGACGAAUGUUGCGCCCUUAGCGACAAUUGGACCUACCAGACCGAUAUUAGAAGAUGGUCACGUGCUUGCAAAGAACCGGAGAAAAACUCACAAGAGAAAGAUGAUGUUUUUGAGGAAUGUACUGAAAGUCCGAGGGAUAAGUUAAGAAGGGCUGGUUCAACGAAAUUCAGACGGAGGAGGAGAGAUGGUACUGUUUUCAGCGAAGGAGGUUCACCACUUCUCGACCGACUUGAUUCAAUCACCAAUCAAUUGGCUGACCUAAAAACGUGUGAAUUGAAUCAUAUUUCUGAUUCUGAAUGUACUCCCAAGCGCAGUCAAAGAACCAAGUCAUUCGAUAACACCGAUUCAUGGUUGACCUCACAGAUUUCAUCAGAUGACAGAGUUUUAUGGCAUGCUUUGCCACAAGAAGAAGAACAAUUGCCACAAAAAUCAGUCAAUUUAGAAAAUGGCGGUCCUUCUAUGUUCAGUCUCUCAUGUACGCAAUUACAAGUCCUCCGAAAAUUAGCACUUUUGAAACUUACAGCGCAUAUGGAAAAACAUUGUCCGUCACAUAGAACGGGCUGGAACUGGGAUUUACCGAAAUUUAUCCGAAAAAUGAAAAGCCCUGCUUAUAAAGAUAGGUCAAUUUUUGGGGUACCUCUCACUAUCAUGCUUCAAAGGACAGGUCAGUCGAUUCCGAGGAAUAUCGAAGAGGCGCUUCAGUGGCUCCAUCAGAACGCGGCCGACCAUGUGGGACUUUUUCGCAAAUCUGGGGUCAAAUCACGUAUACAACUUUUAAGAAACAUGGUAGAUGCUACCACCGAAAUAUUGAAUUAUAAUGACCAACAAUCAUACGAUGUUGCGGAUAUGAUUAAGCAAUAUUUUCGAGAAUUACCAGAAACUCUUCUCACUAACAAGCUUUCUGAAACUUUUAUUUUAAUUUUUCAAUAUGUUCCUCCAUAUUUGCGACGUGAAUCAGUCCUUUGUGCUAUUCUAUUAAUGCCCGAUGAACAUGUGGAAGUCCUCCAAUUCCUUUUACAUUUUUUACUACAGAUCGCCGAACAUGCUACUACCAAUCAAAUGAAUGAAAGCAAUCUUGCCCUAUGUUUUGCCCCUUCUCUCUUUCAUUACUCCCAGAGUUCUUUCAAGCAAAACUUUGGCUCUCCUCAUCCGAAAGAACUCGCGGAGACUAGAGCCGGCCACGACUGUUUGCUCUACUUUCUCAAGAAUUACAACACACUAUUUAAGGUGCCAAAGGAGUUUGUAAAUCAAUGCAAAUCAAGCGAGUUUAGGGAAAGCAAAGCGGUGAAAUUAUCCGAACUGGGGAAAAACAUAGGAGGUUGGAGGGAGUAUCUCCAGGAGUGUCAGAAGGCGCUUUUGAGAGAAGUCAAGGAGCGAAACCGGGGUUGGAUUAUCGUUUCCAGUCACAAUCCAAAAGUCGAGAUAUCGUACAAGAAAGUGGCCGAUGGUCACCCUCUCCGACUUUGGAAGAUUUCCGCCGAGGUUGAAGCGCCCCCACUUGAGGUUUUGCACCGAAUUAUCCGGGAGAGGCAUAUUUGGGAUCCUGAGUUGCACUCGGCUAAAAUAGUCUCUCAAAUUGAUCAAAAUUGCGAAGUUUUCCAAUUUGUACGGCGCAAAAUCGUGCCCUUGCCGAAUGAAGAGUAUUGCGUGGUGCGGACUUGGAGGACUGAUCUCCCCAAAGACAGUUGUUUGGUUAUUGAGACGUCGGUUGAGCAUCAGGAUGCCGUCCCCAUUCCCAAUACUGUGAGGGGGAUUGUCUUGGCUUCCAGAUACUUGAUUGAACCCUGCGGGUCCGGACGCUCGAAAUUACUACACUUGUCCCGUGUUGAUUCGAUGGGAAAAACACCGGAAUGGUAUCAAAAAAAUUACGGACAUUUAUGUGCCCUCUUUGUUGCUAACAUUGUAACUUCGUUCUACCACGUUGCUACAGGACCAGAAAGUAAAGUAUAAACCAAAGAUGUACAUAAGGUUGUUGCUAAAUUUAAUUAUAUUUUUAUAUGAAGUAAUCAAUAUUAUAUCGAUAUGUUGCCGUUUUACAUGAUUUGUUAUGGAACAUUUAAGUAUCUAUGUUAUUUUAUUUUUUACUUAAUUUUUUUAUUUUAUGAAACAUUCACAUUAGUUAACACAUUACAGAGGAAGCUAUAAGCAAAUGCAGGUUGUGGUACUAUGGCUUUCCUUGUAAUUUACACUACUCCAAAAAAUUAACGGAACACAAAAAAUUUUUGGUGAUUUUUGAAAGGCUGUAACUCAGCGAAAAAUGAUCGUAUCUAGAUUAAAAAAAAACAUUUUGAAGCUUUAAGCUUCUAGUUUUGAGAUCUUUUAGCAAAUAUUUUUUGUGCUACAGUUAUCACGCAAUUCUAAGUAAUAGCGCGAGAUAAAUAUUUUAAAUUUUUAUGGACGUGGGGAAUUUUUAUUUUAGUUAAGUCAAUUUAUAGGCCAGAUAGCAUGUUUGUUUACCUUUAAUACGCUUUCUUCAUAUUUUUUUACGUCAAUCUGACUUUAAAUGAAAAAGAUCUUCUUGUCUUUGAUCAUCAAUAUCUCAGCAACCAAUGACUACACAAGAAUAUAAGGGUAG